AGUAUUAGUUGGGUGGUGGUGGUGGAGGGAUGUUUCUGGAGCGAGGAGGUUUGGGUAGAGAGGGAUAGCUGUCAAAAGGACAUUUCGGUCAGCGAACGCUUCAACUGCAGUUUUUCCCGGCUCUCAGGUACUCACUCAGCUCUCUCCCCCCUCCCCCCCUCCAUUGCGCUUCUGACCUGCCAGAUUAGAGAUGCACGGUUGAAGAAGACGAAGAAGAACGAGAAAGAAGAAGACUUUGGCGUUGCGAGUGGGUCGUCUUCGUCGUCGGAAGAAGAUCUGCAGCUGCAUCUUCGCCGGCGGAAAUGAGCGCGUCUAGGUUUAUAAAGUGCGUCACGGUCGGGGAUGGUGCCGUUGGUAAAACAUGUAUGCUAAUUUCCUACACCAGUAACACAUUCCCCACGGAUUACGUGCCAACUGUUUUUGACAAUUUCAGUGCAAAUGUGGUUGUUGAUGGGAACACGGUCAACCUUGGGUUGUGGGAUACUGCUGGUCAAGAGGAUUAUAACAGAUUAAGACCAUUGAGCUAUCGAGGGGCAGAUGUUUUCCUGCUUGCUUUCUCUCUAAUCAGCAAGGCCAGCUAUGAGAAUGUUGCCAAGAAGUGGAUUCCUGAACUGAGGCAUUAUGCACCUGGCGUUCCCAUAAUUCUUGUUGGAACAAAGCUUGAUCUUCGGGAUGACAAGCAGUUCUUUGUUGACCACCCUGGUGCAGUGCCCAUUUCUACUGCUCAGGGCGAAGAGCUGAAGAAGCAGAUUGGGGCUCCUGCCUACAUUGAAUGUAGCUCAAAAACACAGCAGAAUGUCAAGGCAGUCUUUGAUGCAGCCAUUAAGGUGGUUCUUCAGCCACCCAAGCAAAAGAAGAAGAAGAGAAAGUCGGGUCAAAAGAGUGCUUGCUCCAUUUUGUGAUCAUGGAAAGAAUAGACGUGAGAGUAACGAUAACCUACCAGCUUUUCUCCUUGUAGUCUCCCCUCACUCUCUCUUUUCCUCUUUUCCUUUCUCUUGAGGAAUCAGCAGUGGCUUGGGGUAUAGUCUCAACUGACAGUACUAGGGAGCUCUCUCUGGAAGCAUCAGGUGGUUUGUUUCUCGCUUUAUCAUCAGUCUUGUGGUGAUCUGUAAUCAAUGAUCACAUUAUGUGGCAGCCUACACACCACUUUUGUUAUUCGGAUUUAGAUUCAUCUCAUAUAUUAACCAGAUGUGGGGAAGAUCCCCCAUCUGAGAACAACUGUUUCCCUGCUGGACCUGAUUAUAUUCAUAUUUUUGUAUCCCUAUUUAAAACACUGCAAAAGGCUUUUUGCUGGCUAUGUUUGCAAUUCUGUUUCUGUUUGUUUUA